AGCCGUUUUGCUCUAUCCGAGUCAGGCAGUGGGGCGGCAGUGUCCGGUACCGGGAAAUAUAUCACCCGCGUUAGUUUAUUAACUGUUCCGAUCUACAUGUGGUUGGUUUGAAGUUCCCGCUGUUGUGCGCGGCAUGUGAGGCUUCCCAGGGGCGGGGCUCACGGAGCAGUUGGUUGCGCUCAUUUUACACAGUAUAUUAUCAUUACUGAGCUGAUAUAUUAGACCUCAUCUUGGAUCUGGGAGCAACUGCAACACUUUAGCAAAGCUGGCACCAUGCAAACCACAGACUUGGGCAACAAAGAAUAUGGAAAGAUCUGGCACAGGAAGCCUUCCCCAUCCACCAACGAGGGGAUCAUAGUGAAUAUUGUGCACGUCGAUGCCUCCCACCUCUCCAAGUCCACACGAUUUCUCCAAGCUGCAUUUGACAGUGCUGGGGACUGCUUCCUUGCUGGAGACCACCUCGGAAAUGUCUAUAUGUUCAACUUAAACAGAAACAGGUUUGAUCUUGUGCAGAAAACAAUGCAGGCCUGUACAGCAAUAGCUUUCAACCUGCAUCGGAAGACUGAAUUCCUUGUGGCACUUGCUGAUAAUUCAGUUAAGUGUUUUGAUGCAGGUGCAAAGGAGCUGGUUAGUUGGAUGCGAGGCCACGAAUCAGCUGUCACAUCCAUCUCUAUACAUGCGUCUGGGAGAUAUGCCGUUACUACAUCCAGUGAUACUGCCCAGCUCUGGGAUUUGGAUACCUUCCAAAGGAAGAGGAAACUCAAUGUUCGCCAGUCAGUGGGGAUACAAAAGGUAUUCUUUCUUCCUUUAAGUAAUACCAUCUUGAGCUGCUUUAAAGAUGACUCCAUCUUUGCCUGGGAAAGUGAUACACUCGCUUGCAAAUACCAGUUACCUAUUCCAGAGGACGAAACAAAGUUACACUAUAAAGCUUUUGCAAUAACCAGAGAUGGGAGGAUGUUGGCAGCAGGAGGGAAGUCAAAAAACCUUCAUCUUUGGUGCCUGGACUCCAAGCAGCUGUUCAGGAUAAUACAGAUGCCGGCCAAAGUGCGAAGUGUUCAGCAGCUGGAAUUUCUGCCUGAUAAUUUUGAUGGUGGAUCCAGCCAGAUUCUAGGCGUACUUAGCCAAGAUGGAAUCAUGAGGUUUAUCAACAUUCAGACGUGCAAACUUGUCUUUGAUAUCGGUAACCCUGAUAACAGAGUAGUGACCUCCUCUGUAAGCCCAAAUGGGAGAUACAUCACAAGUGUUAUGGAAAACGGCAGUUUGAACAUCUACAGCGUACAAGCCCUAAGCAAAGAACUCAACAAGCCACCUCCACCACUUGUAAAAAUGGUUGACUUGUCCAAAGAUAAAGAUUCUACUGGGAACAAGUCAGGAGUGAGUAGAGCAAGCCAGGAAAAGGUCAGAGUAUCCUCAGGCAGAACAUGUAGGCCAUGGAAGACAAAAGAUCCAAUCGUAAGAACCAAGUAUCUGAGACCGGAAGAUACUACUGCAAGUGAAGACAAAGAGAAUGCACUACCAGCUGGACUGAAUAAACCGCGCCUACAAGCUAUGUUGAAAGGAUUCGGGGAAUACCCUGCAAAAUACAGAAUGUUUAUUUGGCGUUCUUUACUCCAACUGCCAGAGAACCAUGCUGCUUUCAGCAGUUUACUCGACAAAGGCACUCAUUCUCAAUACAAGCUUCUUCAUCAGGAGUACCCCAUCAAAAGCAGGAAGCUCUUAAGGGUCCUUCAGAGGACGCUAUCAGCUCUGGCUCACUGGUCUGCAAUAUUUGGAGAAACAAAAUACCUGCCUCUGCUUGCUUUUCCCUUUGUCAAGUUGUUUCAGAACAAUCAACUCAUUUGCUUUGAAGUUGUUGCAACCGUGAUCACUAAUUGGUGCCAGCAUUGGUUUGAAUAUUUUCCAAAUCCCCCAAUUAACAUACUUGGCAUGGUUGAGAAUCUCCUGGCGCAUCACGACAAGGAACUGCUGCAGCAUUUCAUAAAUCAUGGUGUGAAUUCCCAGGUUUAUGCGUGGCCCAUUCUGGAAACCCUUUUCUCUGAGGUUCUUACAAGAGAAGAAUGGCUGAGGCUAUUUGAUAAUGUGUUUUCCAACCAUCCAUCAUUCCUUUUGAUGGCAGUUGUAUCUUAUAUCAUCUCCUCCCGGUCACCCCUGCUGCACUGUAACCAAAAGGAUGACUUUGAGUACUUCUUUCAUCACCGGAACAAUCUGGACAUCAGCAAUAUGAUCCGAGAAGCCUAUCAUCUCAUGGACACAUCUCCUGCAGAGAUCCAUCCCCAGCGCUUGCUGAGUGACUUUGAACCUCUAACCAGAGGACAAUAUCCCAUAUUCAACAAAUACCCCAAAUUCAUUGUGGAUUAUCAGGGUCAGGAACGAGAGAGAAUCAGACAGGAGGAAAUGGAAUACCUGCGUGAAAGGCAAUUGACUCAAGAAGUGGAAGCUGAAGCAGUGAAGCGUCGAUUGGAGGAUGCGGCCUGGUACCAGCAGCAAGAACUUCUCAAAGGGGCAGAGGAACAGAGGCGGAAGCUUCUUAUGGACGAGGAGCAAAAGCUUUUGCAUCAGAGGCAAAGGCUGGCAACUGUAAAACGGGAACUCAGACUGAAAGAACUUCAGCUCCUGGAUGCAGCGAGAAGGCGGUUUCUGAGGUACCAACAGGACCAGCGUAAAAUGGAGCUCAGAAGACUGGAUGAUGAAAUAGAACGAAAGGUGAGUUUGAGAGAACAGGAAACUGCCACCAUAGUGAAAGACGUGGAAAUCCGGCAGAUGGAGCUUGAAGCACAACGGAGGUUUUUUGAACAGCAACUUGCUAAAGAGCAAGAAGCUGUGACCCAGGACAUGAAAGGAGAGCUGGAUGCCAACCGGAGAAGGGCCGACCUGGAAGAACAAAUGUUUUGGAGGCUCAUGGAAACGGAGGAAGACCUAAAAGAUCAGAAGCUGCUUGAAGAGAGCCUCGCAAAAGCUGAGCGUCUGUGCGUGGAAACUGAUUGGAAAAUACAAAGCCUUCAGAAACAGAAAUGUGACGACCGGGAGCGAGGAAAACGAUAUGAAGAAAUAUCUAAGCUGACUGAAGAUGUCCAGGAGAAAGAGCGAGAGCUGUUCAAUGUUCUGAAAGACAUGGAAACGAGAAAGUGGGCAGAGGUCUCCCAGAAAAUGACUGAACUGGAAAGAGAGAAGCUUGCAGGCUCAGCCCAGCAAGCCCAAAGGCAGCAGUUUCUACAAGAGAAAUUAAGGCAGGAAGCUAGACACAUUGAUAUCUCGGGAGAGGAUGGAAAUGAAUAUUUUGAGAGGCUUCGUGAUUUAAACCGCAGUUCCAUGCAGAAAGAUUUCAGUAGCAGCGACGAGCAGCAUGUGCCUGAGAACGUUUGUUUAAACGAUGUUUCUGCAAGUGACUCCUCCACUCACUUUUCUUUAGACAGAGGAAGAGGAGAGCUGGAGAGGGGAGAGCGAGCGCUGAUAUCAGAAGUAAGAGAACUCCGACAGAAACUUGCUUCCCAAGCGCACAAGAAAUACCCACAUUUGCACUUCUCCCAAACGAGCUGGAGCUAAACUAGCGAGCAGCGUAGUUCGUCUACAUAAAGAGCUUUUUUUUAUAUCACACAUUGAUUUUAUUUAAGUGUUUUUAUUUUAGUAGGGUUUGGUAAAUAUUGUGUGGAAGUAUAUUAAAUAAAUAUGUAUAUAAUGUUAACGUACAUUAAAUAUGUGCCUGUAUUUCUGUGUUUAUAAUAUAUGCCACUACAUCAAAUACAUUGGGAAUUGAAACACGUGAUGAAGGUUUGGAUGUGUUUAGUACAAGGGAAUACAUAUGCUGACAUUAUUGUGGGUUUAUAUCAGGCUUUGAGCAAACUAAUGUCAUUGCUUCUGCUGCAGUUAUGUCUAUAUAGAUCCAUUUCCUACUUCCAAAGGCAUUAAAAGGCUUGUUCACCUUUAAA